UUUUCCACGUGUGUGUGUGUGUGUGUAUGUGAGCGUUGUUAUUCCCUCCAAAAAACAUUGGAUUUUACAAUUUACGAGGAAAAUUACAUUUUGAGUAUAUUGAAACCAUGCCCAUUUUGGUAAAAACUUCAAGUUCUGGACCUGGCGAAUGGGCCAUCAUUGAGCUGCAGGGUGAUCUAGAGGUGAGAAGUAAUCAGGAUAUGCAUGAUCAAUUCAUUGGCGAUCUCUACUACAAUAAAUAUGGACAACCGAUACUAAUAAUUGGCCAUCACAUACUGCAAGGACGAGAACAGAAGUUAGAGAAACCAUUUGCCGUCCUUGAGAAAUCCAAAACAAAUGAGGGCCAACGUCUAUUGGAUGCCAGUCAGGCUACACUCGAUGCAAGCUGCUUAAAUGCCACCUCUGGUGGUGGGGAACGCACAGUUCUCGAUCAGACCAUUGCCCAGGAGCACAAAAGUCGCCAGCGUACCGAGUAUACAGUUCGAGCCAUUUGUUCCAAGAAAUUGAUAUUCAAAUCGCGACCCAAACCCAUAAUAGCCAAUGUGGCGAAAAGUGUUUAAUAUAUGUACAUAUAUAUUAUAUGAUUUAGAUAGUUUCGAUAGUUAUUAUA